AUGUGGACGUAUCUCGCUCUUGUAUUGGCCACUGUGGCCUCAGGCCAAACCACACUCGAUCAGCCGCCUGGUCCAAACACAUGGCCACCAACAUCAACGUUAGCAUCCACCCUCAACCUAGCACCCAGUGUCACACCCAAUAUCAUCAACCCAGAUGCGCCAGAUGCACAAAGAAUUUGCCCUGGAUACAAAGCCGCUAAUGUCGUUACUUCCGACAACACCAUCACUGCAGACCUGUCUCUCGCCGGUCCUGCAUGCAAUGCGUACGGAAAUGAAAUUUCAGACCUUGUCCUCGAAGUUCAGUACCAGAAUGCUGCUCAGCUCAACGUCAAGAUCUACACCAAAUACGUUACUCCAUCAAACAGAUCCUUGUACAUUUUGGACGAGUCUCUCAGCCCUAGUGGCAGUGCCUCUCAUGAGUGUACUGCUAGCAAUAGUGAUUUGAGGUUCGAGUGGACUAAUGAUCCUACCUUCCAAUUCCGGGUCAAGCGUGCAAAGACUGGUGAGACAAUUUUUGACACCUACGGCCACAAGAUCGUGUUCGAGGACCAAUUCCUCGAGCUAGUCACGAACAUGGUCCCAGAGUACAAUAUCUAUGGACUACCAGAAGCGAUCCGUGGAAGCUUUCGCUUACCAAAUCAGUACACACAGACCUUCUGGAAUCAAUACAAUGAGACGAACGAUCAACAGAUUGAUGCGAAUAUGCAUAGCACGCACCCAGUCUACCUCGAGACCCGUUACAAUAAUGGGUCCUCCAAGUCACACGUGGUAUACGGUCGCAACCUUCACGGUCAAGAAUGGCUUCUACGCCCGGAUCGUAUCAUCUACCGGACAAUCGGUGGCAGCUUCGACUUCUACUUCUUCAGUAGUCCUUCGCCAACGGAGGCUUUGGCGCAGCAGCAGCUUGGUGUGAUUGGCACACCCGUCAUGCAGCCUUACUGGGCGCUUGGUUUCCAUCAAGUUCGUUGGGGCUACCAGAACUGGACUGUUCUACAGGAAAUUAUUGAUGGAUAUGCGGCUGCGAAUAUUCAACUCGAAGCGAUUUGGAACGACUUGGAUUACCUGUUUCAGUAUCGCAUCUUCACCCAUGAUAAUAAUACAUAUCCCAUGGAUGAAGGCAAAGAGUUCCUCGCCAAGCUGCAUGCAAAUGGUCAGUACUGGAUGCCUAUACUAGACCCCAACGUGUAUGUGCCGGCACCAGGCAACGGGACUGACGCAAAUCCUACCUACGAUCGCGGAAAAGCACUUGAUCUCUAUAUCAAGCAUGGAGAAGGGCACACAGAUGACUACAUCGGCAUCCAGUGGCCAGGCUUCAGCUACGAGCUGCACAAUACUUACGGCUAUGUCUCUGGUAAAGCAACCUACAAUGCGCUCCUGUCUGUGUUCCCAGGAAAACGUCCGUUCUGGAUUGCGCGAUCAACAUCACCCGGCUCCGGUGCUAUAACUGGUCACUGGGGCGGCGACACAAACUCGCGUUGGGGUAACAUGUACAUGACCAUUCCUCAAGCAUUGACCUUCAGCAUAGCUGGCAUUCCUUACUUUGGUGUCGAGACGUGCGGCUUCAACGGAAAUGCCGAUAUGGAGCUCUGCACGCGAUGGAUGCAGCUCAGUGCUUUUUUUCCUCUAUAUCGCAACCACAACUCCCGCAACACAAUUGCGCAGGAAGCAUUCAGGUGGGCGACUACUGCGGAAGCCACUCGUCGUGUGAUGGAUGUGCGCUUCCGUCUCUUGCCCUACCAAUACACACUAUUUCAUGCUGCGCACAAGCGCGGUGAAACAGUGUUGCGCGCGUUGUCAUGGAACUUUCCUGACGACGAGUCGCUGAAAAGUGUUGAUAAUCAGUUCAUGCUCGGACCUUCCAUCUUGACCACGCCGGUACUAGCUCCACUGCUGCGCGUCUCACAAGGAGUGUUCCCUGGUGCGCCACAUACGCGGUGGUACGAUUGGUAUACGCUCAAAGAGGUGCACGCCCAGCCAGGUCAGAAUGUAACAUUAGAUGCACCGCUCGAGCACAUCCCAGUACACGUGCGUGGUGGCAGCAUUAUCGCAAGUCAGAAGCCUGGGAGUACGACCAAAACGACCAGGAUGAAUCCGUGGAGCAUCCUAGUCGCGCUCGACGGUAAGCGGGAAGCCGAAGGGGAGCUUUACCUCGACCACGGUGUGAGUCAGGAGCCCACUGAAAUCAAGGAGAUUAAGUUCUCGUUUGCUAACGCUACCUUGACGACGUCAAUGACUGGCUCCUACGAAGACACCAAUGCGUUGGCCAAUAUCACGAUCGCUGGUUGGGUCCAGGACAAUAGUCUCGUCGAAUGUGGCGCUGUCAAGAUCAUGUCUGGUGGGAGGGGUGUAGACUCAGGCAACGUUAAGAUCACGAGCGAUAAUGGCGCCGUGCACGUGACGGGGUUGGAAGAUGUGGCCAGGGCAUUUCAUUCAAACCUAUCUAUCAGCUUCAUGUAG